AUGUCCCCUUCUCCACUCUCUCCUGGUGUCGUCUACGUCGUCCUCCAAUACAUCGCACCACCCUCCCAGCUAACUCAACCUCUUCCGCCGCACUUGCUAUCCAAGUCACUACUGCAGAGGCAUCAUUUUUUGCAGCUCCUCCCUGACAAUCCUGUAGAUUAUCUAUGCUGGCCUUCAUCAGAAGACCAGCGUGGACGCGUCAUCGAGUUGCUGGAGAACCUACCCCGGCCUCUGGAUGACGAUGAACCUGCGACAUAUCUCGUCCAGUAUGUUUCAGAUGACGAACAGACAUACGCACAUGUUGGUCUGUCGCCCGGGAGCGAAGAUGGUGUCAGAUUGGUGUUCGAAUGGGAUGAAGACAAUGGCUGGAAGUACCACGAUACUGCCUUGAUGCCUUUCCCCUUAGGUAGUCGCGCUAAUCUUCAAGAUGCCACCAUGUCUGAGCGGUCUAAUCACGAUUCCGAACGUAUUUUGCCAAUGGUACAUCUUAUUGAUCACGAAUACGAUCAUGAUGGGCUCGAUGGGAGCGACGACGACGACGAUUAUUGGAAUGCGUACGGCUCCCAAGACGACAGUGCUUUGUUUAAUAAGGACUUGUCUGCGUCGGUGAAAGGUACGGAGACGGGAGCGGAAGAUGCGUAUUGGGCCCGCUAUGCGUCCGUACAUGGUACGGCUGACUCUACUCAGCCCUCGCCUCCGCCUCAGCCGAAGCGUCGAUUGCAACCGAUUUACUCGGAAUUUGUCGACGGUGACACACACUCACCGGGGCCUCUGCCUGUUCCCGUCCGCUCAGGUUUCAAUGAUUCGAGCGACGACGCUCUUCCCAUUCCUCCUUCGGUCAUCAGACAUCCUAACUUGAGCUCAAGAUGGGACCCGGCUUCGCCGCGUGCGCUGGCACAACGUCUUGCAGCUGUGUCGGCUCGAUCCAGUGGUUCGCCCAGCCCAGUCCGAUUUAAAGAAGCAGAGAUGGUUGAGUCAGAAAUGGGCUCACCCACUGUUGGGGGUAGCAGUGGCAGCGACGAGAUUGAGGAAUCUCUAUUCGUCCCCUUUACGAGAUCUGGGGAGUUUCUGGUGCCCGCUUCAGUAGAUGUGGACCGAGGUGCCUGGAAGGCUUCAGACGGGUCGACGGGUCACAGUGAGACGAAAGCCUCUAUCGAGCUUGAAGAUAGUGCGACUGAGAGCAGCAGUGAGGGCGCGCGAAUGGAUAUGGAGGCGCUGCGGGACAGUAUCCGAGGUAUUUGGGGGCUGUGGCGGACGGCAAGGCGAGGAUCGCGUGCGGACGAGUCGACGUCGUUUGAAGAUGCCCGGCGUAUCUUCCAGGAGGUCGUUCAGGAGGUCGUCAGUUGCUGA